GGUGACGGCGCUACCGCCAAUUAGCUACUACUUCCUCUGGAGUCGUUGAGUACAACACGUUCUCACUCCCAACUCGUCACAUAUUGAAGCUUGGUCAGGAUCCCUUUGUCGUCAUGUUUUAACUCACUGGGUACUCCUUUGUCGUCAUGUUUUAACUUGCAGGGAUUCCCAUAGACUUCUGACCGGAACCGGCGGCGUUGACAUUUGACCUGCAGGAGCUGACCGCAGUGUGUACGGGACUCGAGACUAUGAUAAAUAGGAAUAAAAAAGAAAAGGCUGCAAUAAAUUAGUCAUGGCAGGGCGAUUCGAUUGGCGUCCCCCAGGUCAUAUUUAACUGAUUUUUUAUUUUAAAAACCACUCGUUGCCUGAUAUCAAAGUGCGUCUGUGAAACAGGUUCAGCGGUGACUUUAACAACGCUCCAGCGAGCAACAGCAGUAGUGUAUUCCUCAUAAUGCUGGGGUGCGUCCGAAAUCGCAUACUUCCCUACUAUAUAGUAUGCGAAAAACAGUAUGCGAGGCGAGUAGUAUGUCCGAAUUCAUAGUAUUCGAAAAAUAGUAGGCGAGAAGUACCCGGAUGACCUACUACUUCCUUCCGAAUUCUGUAGUAGGCAUACGAUGGACACUUUACUAUCCCAUGAGGCUGCGGGAGAGGCGGCGUCAUAUUCAAAAAAUGGCGGAAAGCCGCGACGCGGCUGUCUUUAAGUGUAAAGUACCUCAGGGAAAAACAUUGUUGAUGUUCAUUGUGGUUAACUUGUACUUGUUUAAUGUCAUCCAAAUAAACCACUGACUUGUUGAGGGUUAAACAAACAGAUGAAACGAUUGUGUGAAUUGGGUGUAAUAAGAUAUCUAAUCAUUACCGAUCAGAUGGAGUUACGUUAACCUCAAUGUAGUACAUCAGCUUGUUACGCUGCUUUCUUUAAAUAGAUGGUUCCUUAAGAGGUAAAAAUUUAAACCAUUAACGAUGUUCGCGCAGUGAAGUGGGCUCUUUAAAUUUUCGCGCUGUUGUGAAGACGCAUGACACGUGACAACAUCAACAUGGCGGAUGUAGUACGUCCGAAUUCCAUUCAUACUACCCUCAUUCAUACUAUAUAGAACGUACUUUUUUAACGGUCGAGUAGUACGUUCGAAUUCAAAUGUAGUACCUACACAAGUAGUAUGCGAUUUCGGACGCAGCCCUGGUGUUUUUGUCGAGGCUUGUUGAUGAUGAUAAACGUAUUUAAUGUGGUGUGAUUAUGUUUGGUUAAUCAGUGAUUAAUCAGCGCAAUGCGAUGCAGUCAACCUAUUAUUUAUUUAUCUAUUUAUUUAUUUAUGUAUUUGUUUGUUUGAUUGAUUGAUUGAUUGAUUGAUUAUUUAUUAUUUUUAUUUAUUUAUUAAUAAGUCAAUCAAUCAGUGAUGCUGACGUCAUUGUAAGGCGCGAUCCCAAGGUCCACUGCGAUUUCCCGCUCAGUAAGUAGACCAGUUAAUUAAUACAGAUGGGAACACUCCUUAAAUUUAUAGCACAAAAACUGUAUAACCAGAUCAAAAAGUUGUGUUUAGACCCUUACGAAUUGCAAGGUAGCAGUUUCGUGAUGCAGUUAUUAUAAAAAUAUAACGUGCUGCACCAAAUGUGUAACGUUAGUCGGCUAGCUUAAGUUAGCUAAUUAAAUUCAAGCUUGUUUAUUUUUUUCACAUAUAAUCAUGCAGGAUAAUAUCAUAGGAGAUUGUAUGAUUUGUAAUUAUGAUGUGUGUUCAGUUACCCAUAUUACAGUAAGUUAGCUCGAUCACAACACUAUAGCCAUUUAUAAAUGUUCAGAUGAAGAACAGUGUUGCCAGAUUGGUGUGUUUUCCAGUAAUUGAUCAAAAUCCACACAAAAUUAUAUAGUAAACACACAAAUCUUACCAAUAAUAAACUAUACAAAUUAAUUCAUAACUACAACAAUAACAUUUGCUCAUCAAAUGGCAUAAUAAAGCAAAUUAAGCGUUCUCUCAUUUUCCAUGUCUGUCAUUUGCCUUAAAGAAAUAAAAGAGUACAACAGAAAUAUCAAAAUGCCACCUGUCCAAGCCCAUUUUAUUCCACGUAGUACAACUCAAAACUGCCCAAUCUGCCAACACUGACGAAGAAAAUACUGGUAAAAAUGUAAGGAGUUCAAUAUUUUUUUUCCUGUCUUAUCAGGUCCUUCAAAUUUGCCAGCUUCCAACAUUCUCCUUUAUUUUAACCUCCCUCCACACACACACACACACACAAAAACCAAAGGCACUUUUAAGAGCCACGUCUGUCUUGUUAACCUGUACUUGUUUCUCUGUAGCUCGCUCUGUCUCUUUUUCUAUUUGCAUUGUUCUAUCUGUCCAUCUUUCUGUUUCUCUCAGUAGGUCCUACAAAAACUUUAUUUUAACACACUGCCUGUUUUUUUUGUUUUUGUGUAUAUUUCUUCUUUAUAUGUCUUGUCAAGUUAUGAUGAGGCACAAAUUCCGGCCCUGCCCAUCUUGCCAGACUCCCAAUCAGGCAAGCAGGAAAAGUUGUUAUGUCUGCUUUGGAAGUCUGUCCACUAAACAAAAAAUAAAUUACAAAGUGGUGUCACUGGAUAGCCAGUGGGGGCAAUCUGUCAAGAAAAGCAGAAAUGUUGGGCGCAUAAUUGAUUCUGCCCGUAUUGCAGUGCGGAAACUUGAGGCAGUGGUUUACAAGCCUAUUUUAUUUAUUGGAAAACAAAAUAAAAAGGCUUCAAAUAAGUGGGUUGCAGACAUAAUUACCCAUCUGCACCCCACUCCUGUCACAAGAAAUGUUUUGGAGAAGAUGCGAAGGGCUUAUGAAUUUAUCUUGACUAAGGCAACCUCCACAGCACAGCAGCUGGACAGUGACAUCCCCACAGCAGAGCAGUACAACAGCCCCAGUCAGGAGCAGCACAGUGGUUCCAUUCUGGAGCCGGAGAGCCUCACCGAGGACCUGCCGGAGAGCCUCACCGUGGAGCAGCCGGAGAGCCUCACCGAGGACCUGCCGGAGAGCCUCACUGUGGAGCAGCCGGAGAAUCUCACAAAGGAGUCCGAGGCUGUAUUUAUACUCAACCUUGUUUCUCUGUCUUCCCCACACUCUCCAACUUCUCUCUCUCCUCCAUCUUCUACUACUUUUACAGCUGUUCUUCCUCCACAGUCUUCUCCACCUCCACCUCCACUGCCAUGCUCUAAGUCUUUGCAACAGAGGAAGGAAAGGACAAAAACCUCAAUCUGUUCACCAGCACCUUCUGCCACCUCUGUCUCUCCUCCAUCUCUUAUCCCCACAGAUCUCUCCCUUCCACAGUCUUGUCCUCCACCAGCUGCCUCUUCCAUCUCCCAGUCCUUGAGUCAGGAGGGGCCAAGUGUGAAGAAGAAAAGAAAGGGUUGCCGAAAAUGUAGUAGACAGAAGAUCUUCCUGUUUGAUCAAAUAACUGGGGAUUUUCUUGACUAGAAAGAAUAAAUGAGUGGCAAAACUUGGGAUGACACAUGGGAGCCUGCCAGCGAGUUCCAGCAUUUUUUGCCAGUGUCUCCAAAUCCCAGCCAUCUUUCACCAUGACAGUCUCCUCACCCUGAACACCUGGACUCGUCAAGCACACUUCAGUUCUGAGUGUGUUGUUGUUGUUGUUUUGCUUGCUGUUCUUCAUUAAAGUUUUUGCACAGUGCAUACACUCUUUUAGUAUUUUUUUUAAAAAGUUGUCAUUUUAAACACCUUUUGCAUUUGUCAUGAACUGCGUAACAGCCAGGUAGGGUAGCAUGGAGAGGGCCUGCUACAAACACGCUGUUUGUUAUAAUGGCAUGCCCAAAGAUAUUAUUUUUAAAGAUUUUUGCAGUGCAAUUUUAGUAUUGCAUUGAUGCAAACUUCUCACCUGUAGGUGA